GCCCCGCGAACCCCUCCUCGAAGCGUCUCAACGCCCGCCAGUGCUACGCCAGUGGUCCGCUCCACAUCGUCGUUUCAGGGCAAGGAGCAGACUAAGAAGAUACUGGAUCAGGCCCUCUUGUACGAGCUCAACGGGACUAUCUUUCGAGGCGUUAACGGCUUCUUCGAAAAAUACUUCGAGGGCCAGUCAUGGACUGAGCAGUGCAGGACUAUCUACCAGUCCAUCAGCGCAAGACAUGUUGACGGGCAGUGGGCGGACUUUCCCGAUCCCCCAACACAGAAGGAUGUCUGGGCAUGGCUGCUCCAAUUCCAGGAGGACUUUCUCGUCGGUGCACCAUCUACAUACCACAGCGCUCCGAGCACCAGCGCUCUGAUGGGCGGUGAGGCCUCGCGGCAGCUCGAUAUCUUUCUAAAGCCUAGAAGCGUUGAUACUCCCAAACAUGACUGGAAGGAUAUACUCGUUCUCGGAGAGCAUAAGCAGUCGCACCCCGGCCCUAAGACGCUGCUGCUGCAGCUCUCUCGCUACAUGCGCGAUCUCUUCACCAGCCAGCCCACUCGUCGGUUUGCUCACGGGUUCUUCCUACACGGAACCAAGAUGGAGCUCUGGGUUUUUGACAGAUCGGGCCCCUACAGCUCUGGCGAGUUCGAUAUUCAUGAGGAGCCCGACAAGUUUAUACUCUCCCUAGCUGGAUAUGCAUUCAUGAGCGACGAGGAGCUCGGCCUCGAUACCUUUACUAACUGCAGGGGCAGCAAGCGCACUAUUACUCUUACGAGCGAUGUGCAUGGCAAGAAGAGGAAACUGCAGCUAGACCAGGAGCCGUUCGUUAAGCAGAGAGCGGUGGUCUGCCGGGGCACAACCUGCUUUAGGACGACUGAUCACAAUAAUGUUGUGAAGUUCUCCUGGACUUCGAACAAGCGGCCCCCAGAGGCAGAUCAUCUCAGGCUUGCUUACGAGAAAGGCGUUGAGGGCAUUGCUCAGUUUGUGGGAUAUCAGAGAAUCACGAGCAUCGCUGAUCUCCGCAGCGGUCUCGUGUUUGGUCGCCCAUGGACUAUUCAUGGUGCCGCCGGCGCUGAGCUCACAUCAUCCCGCUCCCUUACCUCGCAGUCGCUCCAGCUGCAGCAGCUGGCUCGCCAGGAGAGCCAUGACUCAAGGAAGCGAGCGUCUGUUGAUAGCCAGAACGUAGCUACUGCCAAGAGGCAGAAGUCUAACAGCCACUCCUCAGGGCUCCGCUAUGAGCUGAAACCUGAUGCUCCGGGCAGUCUAUACGAUCGGAGCUCUGACCCAUACGAUAACCGCCAGCUCGGCUGCCUCGCCAUCUCUCCUGCAGGGCGGGGUCUCAAUAGCUUUACAACUAUAUCUGAACUGCUUACUGCUCUCCGAGACGCUAUCAGAGCUCAUCGAUCUCUGUACUUGACCGGCAAGAUCCUACAUAGAGAUAUCUCGGAAAACAACAUUAUCAUCACAGAUCCUCGCUGUGCUAAUGGAUUUACCGGAAUGCUAAUCGAUCUUGAUUUGGCUAAGCAGAUAGGCAGCGGUAGAUCAGGUGCACGCUACCAGACUGGCACGAUGGAGUUUAUGGCUAUCGAGGUUCUACGGAACGCUGGACACACCUUCCGACACGACCUGGAGUCCUUCUUCUAUGUCCUCCUCUGGGUCUGCGGCUGCCGGGCAUGGGAGAGGGGUUUUCUCUGCGAUCCUAAGGCAAGGCCGCCCAGCGAUGUUUGGAAGACGUGGUACAUGGGUUCUUUCGAUGAUAUUGCAUUAAGCAAGCAGGGGCAUAUGCAUGCUGACAGCUUCGAGGUGCUUCUGGCUCAUUUUCCGCCAUCCCUUGCCUGUGUCAAGCCACUAUGCAGCGGACUUCGCCGGAUUCUAUUUCCCAUCUCGGCUGAAGGCAAGUUAUAUAUUGGCACGCCGCCAGAACCAGGACCUCUAUACGAUGCUACCAUUAAAGAAUUCGAUAAUGCAAUAUCUGGCAUUGCAUCUCACCCGAACUCCUGA